AUGACGAACCCUUCGGUCAAACUGAUUAUUUUCGAUAAGGACGGCACUUUGGUCGACUUUCAUCGGAUGUGGAUGCCGUAUGCUCGAGCGACUGUUAAACUUUUGGAGCAGGCGACUGGCCGCGACGUGGGCCCCAGCGUCUACAAAACGCUCGGCGUCGACCCACACAAGGAAAAGGUCUCAAUGGGUGCACUGGCCGAGAAAACUCUUGAUGGAAUCCGAAAAGAUGUUGCUUUGACAUUAAUGGAUCACGGAAUCCCGCACGUGGAUGCGCAUCGAAUCGUCGAGCAUGCCGUUCCCGAGCAAUCACCCGGUGAAACCUGGCCGGUGUGCGAUUUGCAGAUCCUCAUGGAAGAGCUGCGUCAAAUGGGAGUCAAGAUGGCCCUCUGCACAGCUGACAGCAGAACCGCGACAAUGGCUCAAAUGAAAUUGUUGAGAAUCGAGCAUUAUAUGGAUCACAUUGUUUGUGGAAACGAUCAGGGGAUUAUCCCGAAGCCAUCGCCGCAUUGUGCUGUACAGAUUUGCAAGAAGUUGAAUGUCGAGUUGAAGGACGCGAUCAUGGUUGGAGACACAAUUGCUGAUUUGAAAAUGGGAAGAGUGGCUGGACUUCGUGCCAGUGUUGGAGUCCUGACUGGAGUCGGAAAUCGUGACUCGCUCUCGCAGUACACUGACUACUUUAUCGAGAACGUCUCCGAGUUGCCUGGACUCAUCAACAACAAGAUAAACGAGGACACGAAACGAGGA